AAGCCUCUGUAUAUUUUUGACCGACCCUCAUCUUGAUGGCCCUUAGUCCCAUGAAGACUAAAAAUCAAUCAAUCAAAUAUCAAGAGUGCUUUUCUAUAGUGACUAUAAAUUUAAUGAGAUGAAGGUUUUUCCUCCGCCAUCAUAUACUACACUGACUUGCAAGGUCCUUUUUUCUUCUCAUUGGUCUUAAAUGUUUUUAAUUUUUUUCUUGGUUUUCAUCACCAGUUUAAUCACAUUCAAAGCCGAUUCUGUCAUCAAAUGAUUUUAUCUCUCUUACUAUCGUAGUUGUGGGGGUCUGUUUUUGGCUUUCACACCACAUGUUUUUAAUGUUUUUAUUUUUGUUGAAUGAGUCCCAAAAUUAAUGAAGCUAGGGUGAGAUUGGUCUUUUCGCAGAAUCUAGCAUUACAUAUAUAUCCUUUACCUUUGUUCUUUCUUAUUAUAUCUUUGAGUUGAACUCUUUUUUGUUCUUUCCAUCUUUGGUCAGACAAUUUUUAUCUUUCUACUUCCACUUCAUUUGAAAUUUCCUUCAACAAAUUAACACAACCAAAAAGACAAAACCUAUUAUUGUUUGGAUUGCUCCAUGUUAUUCUGCUUGUUGUCUCAUAAAUCAUAGAGUGUUGUGUGUGAAAGACAAAAUCGAUGAAGCUAGCUUUGAGAUAAAUGAAAAUGUUGUCCACAAUGUCAGGCUCAGAAUUAGUGAAUAUUAAUAUUUUAAUUUUGUCAUGUUUUUUGGCUUUGAAUUGCUUUCUUCAAGAGUUUGGAUCCAAUGGUCAACUCAUUCCACAAGAUGAAGUAAAAUCACUACAAGCAAUAUCAGAUAAACUAAAGAACGUGCAAUGGAAAGUCACAGAACGUUCCUGCGUUGAUGAUGGAGGCUUCAGUAAUGACAAUCUUAAUACUGAGAAUGACAUCGUCAGGAAUGUCUCAUGCAAUUGCAAUUUCCAAAAUAACACCGUUUGUCAUGUUACUAGCAUAUUUCUAAAGGGCCAAAAUAUAGCUGGAGUUAUGCCUAGUGAAUUUGGAAACCUUACUCAAUUGAAAGUACUUGAUCUCUCUCGUAACUAUCUCAAUGGCUCAAUUCCGACGACUUUUGCUAGCAAUUCUCUAGUUGUUUUGUCGCUUUCGGGAAACGGAUUAAGUGGUCCAAUUCCCACAGAAAUUGGUGAUAUUGCUAGCUUGGAGGAUCUGGUCUUGGAAAAUAAUCAACUAGGUGGACCACUUCCUCCUAGUCUUGGAAAUUUGAGCAAGUUGAAGACACUGCUUCUUUCUUCAAAUAAUUUUACAGGGAUAAUACCAGAAUCAUUUGGCAAACUAAAGAAUCUCACUGAUUUUACGAUAGAUGGAAGCAGUUUAUCUGGACAGAUACCUAGUUUUAUUGGGAACUGGACCAAACUUGACAGAUUGAAUAUGCAGGGAACAUCUAUGGAAGGUCCUAUUCCCUCCACCAUAUCUGAGUUGAAACUUUUGACGGAGUUGAGAAUAUCUGAUUUGACAGGAUCAGCUAUGACAUUUCCUAAUCUAAAGGAUUUCAAAAACUUGCAACUCUUGGAAUUGAGAAAUUGCUUAAUCACAGGCCCUAUUCCUGAUUACAUUGGUGAAAUGGAAAGUUUAGUUACUUUAGAUCUAAGCUUCAAUAUGUUGACCGGUUCAAUCCCAAAUUCAAUUCAGGGCUUAAAAAACCUUGAGUACAUGUUUCUGACGAAUAACUCUUUAAGUGGACCGAUUCAAGACUGGAUACUGAACUUCAAAAUUAACAUAGAUUUAUCUUACAACAAUUUUACAAAGUCUUCUGCAACUGGCUGCCAACAGUUGAAUCUGAACUUGGCUUCAAGCCAAUCGUCUUCAUCGGUCACUACACCUUCAACAUUUUGUUUGAAGAGGAACCUUCCUUGCGCAGGAAAACCUCAGUAUAAUUCAUUGUUCAUAAAUUGCGGAGGACCUCAAGAGGAUUAUGAUGGAAAUCACUAUUUUGGAGAUCUGCAAACAGAUCGCGUUUCAAAUUUUGUUGUUAGAAAUGAAGGACAAUGGGCUUAUAGCAGCACGGGAGUGUAUAUGGGAAUUGUUAACGCAAAUUAUAUGGCAUCAAAUACAUAUUCUUUGAAUAUUAAUGGCUCAGAAUACUAUAAUACCGCACGGCUUUCACCUAUGUCACUUAAAUACUAUGGCCUUUGUAUGGAGAAGGGAAGUUAUAAAGUGAAUCUCCAUUUUGCUGAGAUAAUGUUUUCAGACGACAAAACUUUUAGCAGUCUUGGAAGACGCAUAUUUGAUGUUUCAAUUCAAGGUUUUAAAUAUUUGAAAGAUUUUAACAUUAUGGAAGAAGCUGGUGGAGUUGGAAAGGGCAUCACUAAGGAAUUUGAUGUCGAAGUCAAUGACAACACGUUGGAAAUUCACUUAUACUGGGCAGGGAAAGGAACCAAUGCGAUUCCUGUCAGAGGUGUAUAUGGACCUCUUAUAUCUGCUAUCACAGUAACACCAAACUUCAAAAAUCAUUCAAAAGGGUUGUCUGCUGGAGUUAUUGUUGGAAUUGUAGCCGCAUCAUGUAUCCUUGUCAUAUUGAUAUUGGUUACCCUUUGGAAGAUGGGUUUGCUUGGCAGAAAAUAUGUAAGAGAGAAAGAACUUCUUGAUCUCAAAACUGGUUAUUUCAGCUUAAGACAAAUUAAAAUAGCCACUAAUGACUUUGACCCUGCAAAUAAGAUUGGUGAAGGGGGAUUUGGACCGGUAUACAAGGGUAUUCUGUCAGAUGGUGAUGUCAUUGCUGUUAAGCAACUCUCCUCCAAAUCACAUCAAGGGAACCGUGAAUUUGUUAAUGAAAUCGGAAUGAUAUCUGCUUUACAGCAUCCAAAUCUUGUUAAGCUCUAUGGCUGUUGCAUUGAAGGAAAGCAGUUGCUGCUGGUAUAUGAAUACAUGGAAAACAAUUGUCUUGCGCACGCACUUUUUGGUCGUCCAGAACAGAAGCUGCACUUGGAUUGGCAUGCAAGAAUGAAGAUUUGUCUUGGCAUAGCAAAGGGAUUAGCAUUUCUUCAUGAAGAAUCAGUGUUGAAAAUAGUACACAGGGAUAUUAAGGCUUCUAAUGUAUUACUUGACAAGGAUUUGAAUGCCAAAAUCUCUGACUUCGGUUUAGCUAAGCUUGAUGAAGAUGGGAAUACCCAUAUCAGUACACGGAUAGCAGGAACAGUUGGAUACAUGGCUCCAGAAUAUGCUAUGCGGGGUUACUUGACUGAUAAGGCAGAUGUAUAUAGCUUUGGAGUUGUAGCUUUAGAGAUUGUUAGCGGAAAAAGCAAUACAAAUUUUAAUCCAAUGGAGGAGUUUUCAUAUCUUCUGGAUUGGGCCUGUGAUCUUCAAGAGCAAGGGAACAUUUUGGAGUUAGUGGAUCCAAGUCUUCUUGGCUCAAGGUACUCCACAAAGGAAACCAUGAGAAUGCUUAAUGUGGCAUUCUUAUGCACAAACACAUCUCCCACUCUUAGGCCAUCGAUGUCAUCGGUAGUGAGCAUGCUUGAAGGAAAAACUCCGAUCCAAACGACAGUAAUCAAUCAGAGGGACAGUGGUCAACAUGCAAGUCUCAAAUCCUCCGAGUUUCUGUCACAAGAUAGUCAAACAUCAACAAACGGGCCAAGGGUAUACUCCUCCGUAUCUCUUCUAAGUGAAGACGAUUUUUCUUCAAGCAGUUAACUUUCUUUUGUUUCACAUGAUGUGUUCAGAUCACACUAAAUCAUUUUACGAAGGUGAUAUAUAUAUAUAUAUAUAGUGUAUGAACUGCAGAUUAACAUCAUAUCAAGACGAUAAGCGAGCAUAGAAGUUUGGUUCCAUCAUCAGGUUUACAAAUACAUAGCACAUGUACAUUUAUUUGUUGCAAAAUUGUGAGUUAAAGGCAUUUCUUGUGUAUUUUUUUCUUAUCAAGCUUUUAUUGAUAUUUUUCAACUCAUUCUUGUGUGCCACAGUCCAUAGAUCUUAAUUUAGACUCAUUGGCAUUGAUGGUGAACUAUUGCUAAUAUAGAAAGUUACUUGGCAUUUUGUAUGCCAAUUAGGACAACUUUUGUGUCAUUCUUUUGUACCUCAAUUUUUAAAAGAGGGAUGUCUGAUUCAUAAUAUUGAGUUUUAUCUGUGAAAAGGUGAUUUGCUCUCUACAAGUAACUUAGUUGAAGAAAAGGAUUUUAUGUAGCAAAUAUGCAUCAAAGGAAGGAAGAUAGAUCAUACUUCAAGUUGUUCUUUAAUGGAUUAACCAAGAUUUUCAUUAAUCUCAAAAGAUCACAAAAACCAUUCAAACAUCAACAUAAUAAUCCAAAGAUUUCACACAAUAGCUUAUCACCAAAAUAGCUCCACUUCUCAACAUUACUUCAUCAAUUAUCAUUUGCAAUCUAUUUUUCUCUUUA